UGCGCCAAAUAUGAGUCAAGGGCACUGUGACGGGCUCGUGACCGUAUGUCAUUAUACUUAGGAUUUACAUUCGUCAUCCCACGAUACAUCUGAUUGCUGUCAAUCACUUUCAGGUAAGACCAUACUAUACGAACAACCUUGGGAGAUCUUAAGGAUAACCUCGAGAUCAACUGAUCAGAAAUAGUAAGGCAGAAUUCAGCUUUUGUGGAAAAGCUCUAAACUAUAGAAAAACGAUGAAAGUGCAAGCGGUUUGGAGUUUUAUCACAGUUAACAAACGUGUAAGGGUCAAAUAAGAGUAAUUUAGGCCAAAAUCUGUCGUUAUACAACCCUACCAGACCUUAAUUCUCAGCCUUAAAUUUCCCUAACUCUAUUCUGAUACUGCUAAACACUAGCAUUCAACCAUAAUGCUCUUCAGACUAACAUACUAACUAAAAAUUCACUCCACAUGAAAGACCGUCCAUUCAUUUCAAAAUACAAAAUAUGGUGAGAAUCAUGGGUCCCAUCCACCAAUUAUCCACAACAGGAAUUUUAAGUUCGUUCUAGUAUUUAACACCGGUUUAAUUGAUUCUAACUGGCCUUAGGGCGAUCGGCAUAGUAUGGUUUUAUCCACUCAUUAAAGUUAAGUCCAUUCUGUGUGGGUACUAAUUCGAUGACUUACCUUUUUUCUUGUUCUAUUCCUAUCCAACUUUUCUCGUCCACGCUGCUUUGCACCCCCCCCCUAGCACCCGAAGUACCUGCAAGCUAAAAGUGAGCCGUUACAGAUACGAUGGCAACUGCUCUUGGAGUUGUACUCGAUGUAGGAAUUCAUAUGAAUCCUAAUUUCAGAGAAGCUGUUGAGUGCGUAAGGCUGUUAUUGGAAAAGAAAUUUUUCGCCGAAUCAAAAGAUGAAGUUGCACUUAUUCUCUGCGGCUCUGAUGCUACUGACAAUCCUUUAGCUGAUGAAGAAGGAAGUUUUCAAAAUAUAUGUUUGGCUUUUGAACUCGCUCCUAUAAGUUGGAAGGUCUUGGAAUUUCUAGACCCAGAUUUAUUAUCACUCUCGACAGGAGAUGGCGCUGACCACUUGUUUAAUCGUUGCAAGAAUAAAAGAAACAUAAAAGAAAAGCACUUGUUGCUUGUCAGCAAUUUAUAUGGUUCGGUUGACGAUUCUGAUGUCUCCAGGGUAUCUGAAAGCCUCCAGUCUUCAGGUAUUAAAUUCAGCUUGAUUGGUUGUGACUUGAAGAAGAGUAUUAAUAUCUCACCUGAAAACCGAGAUGAACCUGGGCCAUCUCAUGCCAUUUCUCAUCACCAUCAUCCUUCACCAAAAACUAGACCCUCCAUUUCUUUUUUAGCUGAACUCUGGGAUCAACUAAACGGAGAAUCAUAUGAUUUUAGCGAUGCAGUCACUGCAUUGAGUAUAUUCGAAACCCGUAGCGUUUCGCAACGUGGUUGGAAUGUAGGUUUGCAAAUUGGCGAUUCGAUCACUAUCCCAGUUGUCGGCUAUACACAUAUAAAGGAGGCUCAUCCACCAACUAUGAAGAUACUGUACGCCCCAGAUCCUUCUCUUCCACUGCGCGCUGUUACAAAAUAUUGUACACAAGAUGCAGAUCCUUCUGAUUUAAACUCUUCUGAAGUUACUCGAGGUUACCGGUAUGGUGGGACUGUAGUCCCCUUUGGUGAAGAAGAUAUGGCCUCCAUAAAACCCACUUCAGAAAAGUGUUUCAGCGUUAUUGGAUUUACGAGUGCUGACAAUGUAUAUUUUGUUUCAUGAAGUGAGUUGCAUCCAUUUUAUGUAGACUUUUGAAAAUGAAUAUUGGCUGUUUAUUUCCAAUCCCUCAUAACCUUUACACUGGGGAAAGUGUGUUGGUUUUUGUUGCCCAGUCAGUCAAACAAUCUGGAGAUGAUGUAACCAAUCGCCCAUCCUGUUCAACAGCUUUGGCAGCGUUGGCUCAAGCACUUUAUGAGAUUAGUGGUGUUGCUCUUGUCCGGAGAGUGUACAAUCAGACAAGUGCCGUUAGACUAGGAGUUUUAACUCCAGAAAUUCAUGGUGAUCAGAUAUCGCUCAUGUAUACUGAUAUGGCGUUUAGUGAAGAUAUUCGCAAUCUGAAACUUCCAAGUUUACCAGUUUCCUGUGAGCCUUCUACUUCCAAUACGGAAUGUUCUGUUAAGUCUUCAAACACUAUGAAAUUGCGUAAAGAUUGCCCAUCUCAGGAACAGUUAUCAGUUAUGGAUUCUUUUAUUAACUCCAUGAUGUUAAAUUAUUCAGAUGAAAGUGAUGAUGAUGAUGAUGGUGGUGGUGAACUCAACAAGAAAGACGAAAACGACGUGGAAAAUCCUUCAUCAAACAGGAUCUUAAAAGUUCAACGGAUAUCAAACCCUUGGAUUCAACGUUUCUUUGCCUGCCUUAGAAAACGGGGUCUUAAUCCAUCAGUACCACUUCCAAUUUCAAAGCAAUCAAAUUCUUCUGAUGUUUGGCUGUCACCUGAAAUGUUUCCUGGUUUGGAGGAAAUCAUCACACAAAUCAAUACUAAUUCCGAGACUGCAUCUGUAAUUGAAUCCCGUAAUGUUCUUCUUAAUUCAUUUCCACCUCUUCGUCCUGCUAGUGAUCCAGUCGAUUUGACAGAAGAAUUUUUGGCGAAAAGACGGCGUUUAGCGGAUGAAGAACUUUAUGCUACUUCCUCGUUCACGAAAGAAAUAGACAGUGAAUAUCCAAGCGAACAACUGACUGCAAGUUCGGAAUUAACUAGCAAAUCAUUGCUUCAAAACACACUGGCAUCAAAUUCCAUUCAAAUAAACUCAGUUCAAGAUUUUGAAGACCUAAUCUCCCAACAACAAAUUGAAGUUGGUAUGUUUCAUAUGAUGAAAUUUUUCAUGUAGCAUUACAGUGAUCAUUAUUGACAUUAUUUAAAGAUCUCGUUAAACUACACUGUCUCGCGUAAAAAUGUCCACUUUUCGUUUUUCAUCAUUUAUUAUGCCUUUUUGUUGUUGUAUCGUAUAUGGGUUCAUCGAUGAGAUAGCUACAAUGGGCUUUUGUUUCUACUUAUAUCCUGCCUGUCCACUUUUCGUUCUUUUUGUGAGUACGUUGUUUAAAGGAAAAUUCAUUGGAGUAUCCUCACAUUUUGGAUUAGAAGAAAAGCUACUGACAUACCACAUAAUUUUUACUUUAAAUUAAGUUGGCAAGUUAGCAAAGAUUUUACCAAUGAAUAAAUAAAAUAUAAGGACUUUUUAUUCCGAAAUGAAGCUGUCCCUCAUUAUGCACGAACUACAAGUCCUAGUCGACUAGCCAUGAUCUUAAACUUACUACUACUAAUCGAUCCUAUGACAUUUUACUGUAGUAUAUACUAGGUUGUUUAACAAUGAUGAUGUUGAUGCUAAGAAUUAUUUCAGAACAUUAUUCACGAUGUGAUGUUACUCGACUCUAUCUGUUAAGUGCGAUCUUUCUUACAUGCUUUCUGUAAUAAUUUACAAGCCCAUCAUAUGUGAUGGUUUUUAGAAUAGAUUCUAGUACGAAAGGCAAGUAAGUCGUCGAGAGUCUGCUAGGAGCUGUGUUACUGCUACAUGUGCCUGGUUGCGCCAUAUAUAGAUAACUAACCUGUUGUUAGCAGUCCUGCUGUAUCCUGUCACUGUGUUUCCUCCUCUGUACUCAAGUUUAAGCGAUUGCAUCUAUAUGAUGUUAUCUGAGCGAAUAAUGACAGUAGACCGUGUAAAAGAACAGUUAUUAACAUGAUGAGCCUUCCUGCGUUGUAAGCAAUACAGCCUCGAGACGAACUCAUGUAACUUCAUUGUGAUCACUCAUCGUCAAAUGUAGAGGAGGAAGAAAAACAGUAUAAACGAAGCUCCCUUCUCUAGGAAAAGCGUUGAUAGUUUUUCAAUCGACAGGACUUGGAUUGAUCACAACAGAAGUCAAAGCAAUGCCUCAGGUUUCUGUUAUGCAAUCGUCAGUGAGUUCUAGUGGGGACCCAAAGCGUGUAAAAAUGAACCCAUCACCCAUGUUAUAGACUUUAUGGUGCCUAAUAUGUUCCUGAAAUUUUGGCAGCAGUUUGAGAUAAUCUACGAUCCAUUGUUUUUCAAUAUUUUAUUUCGUAACAGAAAUAACUUGGAUUUUAUAGGUAAUCAUCGCUUCGCAUAGUUUUUACAGAAUACAGUUUUAGUAUAACAAUAAUAAAUAAGGUCUUGAUUUAUUAAAUGUAGAAUAAAUUUCCAAUCUACAAAAAUUGUUAGCUUCAUCAUAAUUUUUAUCUUCCGACCUAAGUACUUUUCAGUUUAAAAAACGUCUGGUUAGAAAGAAUAAUAAACUAUAUUUAUUUAUUUUUUAAUACUUAAGUAAAAAGCUAAUUAGAGACAUCUACUUCAUGAACAUAAGAAAGAAAUUUACAUAAGUUCGGCUUAGUACCUCAGGAGACCUAAUGUCACAUCACCAAUGUUUGUUUGGUAUUUUCUAUGAAAGUCUAUCGUGUGUUUCUAUUACCAGUUAUGUUUUGGAACUAAGGUUUAUUCUAGUACUUGAAUUUAUUAAACUACUCACUUUGCAUGAUUUAGCUUGUAGACUUUUGGAGAAAGAAAUAAUUCAACUGGUGACUGAUCCUUUCACUGCAACUUUAUUGCGUCCAAAAGCUAUCGCUUACCUGUUCGCUUAUCGUAAGCAUGCUCAACCAAGUAGAGAAAUCGUCAAUAAUAGUAAUGAAAACAAUCAUAUUAAUUAUGCUACAUCCAACAGCAGCACAUAUCAUCUUGAAAUUGCUCGAGCAUAUAACUCAUUUAUUCGUAGUUGGCGCCAGGAUCUUAUCGAUCGUAAUCUUCUCGGAGGUAAUGUCUCAUCUCAACGUGCUGCUAAUGAUAGCAAGUUGUCGUUUUGGCUGGAAACAAUUACACAAGGUAUUUAAAUGUAUAUUGUCUAUACCAAUUUAUUUUUUUCGUAUUUGAGAUGAAAACUAUAUAUAAACAGGAUAAAAAGGCCAGUAUGCACCUGUAUACAUGUGACCACAAGAAACAACGUGUUAUAAAAUGAUAGGGAAGAUUUGUAUUGCAUUUUAUGAGCUGGCAGUUUAAUUGAGAGAUUUUUAUUGUUGUUCUGGAUAACAUCAUCAGCUCUUAAAUCAUGUAAAAGUGAGCUGAUUUUUUUAUUAACGACUAUAGACUUAUCUGCAAGGGCCUCAUUCCUACAGUUGAAGAACACAUAGAACUAAAAACAACUGUCAGCCAAUAUCUAAGGCAGAAUCUUCAAUACGAACGUCAAUACAGUUCUACUGUCCGGAGCUGAAACUUGGAAAACUACCACAAUCAUCAUAAAAAAGUAGAAGUAUUUGUAAACAAUUGUCUACAUAAGAUACACAAUGUCCGUUUGCCGGAUACCAUAAACAGCAGCCUACUACGGAAGACAACAAACCAGCUUCCAGAUGAAGAGAGAAUUAGGAAAAGACGAUGGAAGUGGAUAAGACAUACAUUGCGGAAAUCAUCAAACUGCAUGACGAGGCAAGCACUAACUUGGAAUUCUGAAGGGAAUAGGAAAAGAGGAUUACCAAGGAAAACAUUGUACCAAGAAUCGGAAGCAGAUAUCAAAAGGAUGAAUAGCAACUGGAACGAAUUGUCUAGGACAGAGUUUGAUGGAGGAUGCCGGUGGGCGGUUUGUGCUCCUCCACGAGGGGUAACAGGCGUAAGUAAUAGACUUAUCUAUCUCAUCUCUAGAAGGUAGAUGGAAUACUUAAAAAGAUAUAUCGAUUAACUUGUAAUGUAUUAGAUUCUUUAUAAUAUAUCCUCUUCAAAUGCAUAGGUUUCGGUCUUUUGUGCAAUGACGAUAUCCCGGGAAUCGGUGUUACUCAUUCAGAAAGUCGUAAGUUUUUGAACUUGGAAGAUAUUACAAUACCUCAUUUUGUUGAAACAAAAGAUAAUCAGUCUGUAUCGCGCAAUUGUGUUCUCAAAGUUGAGCAUUUGGUAAGUGUUAUCCAUUUUUAUGCUGCUUGUCAUUUGAACUUUUCGGACAUUGACAGACUUCUUGGUUUUUAAUGUUGAAAGGAAAAUGAACUUCCGAUCGUUGUUGCUUUACUUAUGGAUUCUAACUAACAAACAACUUAGGUAAACGACUUUCAGGCGAUUAAAUCCAACCACGUAACAUCAAAACGAAGUGUACUCCAAUGUUAAUCUAUUUUCCGUAAUGUCCAUAUCACAACUUAAUCUUUAGUAUUCUUUCAUCAUUAUGGACUAAAUACCAUGACAUUGGUUAUUACUCAGUGAGUAACAACAUUUAGUAAUGUAUUAUCCAGAAUUAUUAAAGCUAACAAAUAGUGAAAUUUUUGAGCAUUCUAUACUUCUUGACUUUUCUUAGCAAGAAGUCUUCUAGUGUGUUAUUUAUUCCAUAUAACGUAUAAAUUGAUAAUAUCUUUUAACCAAACAGAUCAGAAUGAAUAUACGGGCAUCAUUUUUAUACACCAACUAUAGAGUUAGUUCCUUAAUAUUUUUAACUCACAAGCACAUAGUUAUUUGUCAUCAUCCACUAUAACGAUUUACUUAUAUACUUAAUUUUCCAAAUUAAUAUCACUAUCCGAGCAAACUGUCGAGAAAUUCAUUUCAAUAAAUUAACUAUUCAUUCUACAAUAGUCAGCUUGUUACAUUACAACCAAUGAAUAAAUUAUAAUAACAACUAUCAUUUAAACGUUAAUUGACAAAAUUGCAUAUAUCGUACCACAAUAAUGCUCAUAAAUAGAUUGUUGUGGAUUAUAAUCUUUUCUCUUCAACUGAAAAAAAAGUAUUUAAAAUUUAAUGAAGUGUACAUUAGCAUGUUUUAACUUGUUAAUAAGUUGUUUAAUUGAACAUACAUUAUACUACGUUUUUUUUCUUUAUUUUAGAUGGAUGACACAGAUUGAAGUUUUCCGUAAUUAUUAUUAUUGUUGUUGUCGUUGUUUAUGUCUAGUUGCUUACCAUCACACAUAUUAUGGAUGACCUAUUUUCUUGAUCAUAUCCGUCAUAAUUUGUAAUCUAUUUUCUUUCCUUCAUAAAAGUUUUAUAUUAUUGAUUUUAUUUUUAUAUAUAUAUAUAUAUAUAUAUAUAUAUAUAUAUAAGAGAGAGAGAGAGAGAGAGAGAGAGUAGUUACAGAAUUAAAUACAUAUUUUUCAAAAAAAUAAAAUAAUUUUUUUGUUUUAUCAGGAUACCAAAUAAGGAAAUUUAUAUCUAACUAUCUGGUUGUUGUUAAGACAGAAGAAAAAAGGAUUUUUCAUUUUAGCAUGCUAUGUGAAUUUUUUUGUGUUAAAAAUGGACAUUUCUCACAUUUUCGUGUUGUUUAAAUGUAAUUAAUAAUAAUGAAACAUUUAAGAGAUGAAAUUUCUAACCAAAUAGUAUCAAGUAGUAGUUUGGAGGUUAGAAAAUUCAGGUUCUAACCAUUUAGUUAGAACUUUAAAUGUUUAUCUGUUUAAUUCAGUUUUUGCAACCUGGUGAUAUUACUAGCCCUCAUACAUAAGGUGUAGUUUAAAGCCUAUUACACAUAUAUGUAGUUAGUAAAUGUGGUGUAUUAGUGGAGCAUUUUAAGCGUCCAUAACUUCAUUAGCUGUGAGUUGAUUACGAAUGAACACUAUCAUUUGACAGUAAGUCAUUUACUGUCGAAUUUGACCAAUUUUAUUUGAUGGUAUUCUGUUCAGCUGCACAUAUAUUCCUACCAACAGGUAUUUUCUCUAGUUUGCAAUUUCCACUCUUCAUUUGGAUUUUCUUAUUUGUAUGAACAUGUAUUACGAUUACAGGUUGGUUAGAGGUAGUUUAUAGGAAUCCCUGUCGACUAUACUUAUUUUAAAUCUCAACAUAUUGUACGCGAUGUCGAGUCACAUAGACUGGUGGCUAGAUUACAACUUGAUAGGUAGAAUUCCAUCAGCAUUGAAAAAAACCUGAUAUACAUGACAUCGACCAUUACUUAGUAAUUCAUUGACUGUAAUUGAAAGUAGAAGGCAUUGUAUAAUUGGGUUUUACACGCAUUAAAAUCAUUGUUUGCUUGUGAUGUAAGCAUAGAGUAAUCUUGACGUUAAGGGAAUGGUUUCGUAUUGACGGACUGAUUGUCUUAAUUAAUUCAGUGUAUCAUCUGUCUGAUGGAUCAGUCAAGAUAAAAAUUAGUUUUAAUUAGUUAUACUACUAGAAGUAAUCUAAUUGCUUUUUGUGUAGCUUUAAAAGCUGUUGCAUUAAAUGGUUUUCGUCAAGAAAGAACGUAAUUGUGAGUAUUAACUAUGUAAACCUUACAAAUAGACAUAUGCAUUAUGUGUAUCUGCCCUGCAUGUAACAAUUAAGAAGAUGGUAUACCUUAAAAGCUACAUUAAAAUUAAACGAUCCCACAUAUGAACAUGUUUAUUCAUCAGAUAUCAACUGAAAUAACAAUAGCGUGGUAAAGGUAUGGUGAACGCUACUUAUGUUGAAAAACAUAAGCAGUACGUAACACCAGAAGUAAAAUGCUUGUCAAAAGAAGAUUGAACAGAAUAAAGGAAUCGGAACAAAAAUAAUUGGAAGAAUUAUGAAGGAUGUAAAGGAGAACUAAAGGUGUACAGAUGAUGUAUGAUUUUCACAUUUUACUAAACCACUGUAUGAAUGUCCAUUAGACAAUAAAUUGGUCUUUCCCACUUAAGUGGUCACUCACUACAAAAGCAGCUAGAUAGGGUAUUGAAAUAUCGGAUGAGGAACUCACAUCAGGAAGAUGUAUGCCUAUAAAAGGGCAGAGAAGAUCGCACCAUAAAGUGGUUCGAGACUCCAAUUGUCAAAUGAAGUUACGUAAUAAUCAAGUGUUAGACAAGAGUAGAAUGAUGAAAAUAAUUUACGGGUCAGAAUUAUGGGAGAUGAUUAUCAGCUUAGGUUAAUGAUUUCGUCGAAAAGAAAAUUUCCUGAAUCCUUUAUUUUUAUCCAAUGACACAAUGGGUUACCUUAAAUCCCAUUUAUGUAGUUUCCCUCAUCAAGUUAAAGUAUCUUAACAUGGGAAGCUUGUGGAUACUUUCCAAGUUGUGGUUUGUAUAUGUGUCUGACAUUAGAUAAUUAUCAAAAACCAGGAAGUUGUCCGUUUUAUAAACUGAACAGUCUUCAUAAACUUGGGUUAACAAUAACCAAGCGCUAAUUUGAGUGGAACUUUCAAAGUUUCAGUGAGAAGCUGUGACCUAGGCUAUGAGUUGGACAUCUGUUUUUCAAAUCUCAGUACUGAUAUUUCAUUAAUCUCGAAAUUAAAAAAAUACAAGAGAAUAGUCCACAGC